GAUUUAAACUCAUAGGUUUUGCCCCUUUUCCCUACACUGAACAAAACGGCUUCAUAGUGUGUACUGUCUAGUAACUACUCUUUAGUUCCACUCGAAUUUUGAGCUUGAGCAACCCUGAUAAGUGAUCAGCAAAGCAAAAUGAGUGAAACAUUGAGUGGAAGUGAUCCUCCGGUAUCGACGGAAACACCGCUUAAGAGCGGCAAUGUGUUUGAUGCGAGUAGAAUUGCUGAAGUAAAAUCGUGGCUGACUUCCCAAUUCGAUGCCGUUGGGAAGGAUGUCCCUGCUUUCGAAUACACCGCACGAAGCUUUCGAAACUAGCCGCUGGAAUUGUAUCUAAAGAUUUCCGUCAAAAAGCUGCUGAAUUUAGGUCUCAAGCUGCUAGGAUAAGAGAGAUAUUGGAGAACGUGGGAUUGGGCCAAGAGAGUUUAACCCCAAAUGUGGUUUCAUCCGCACAAGUCCUUGCCAGCAUGUCAAAUUUGCUGAAUAUUAGAGAUACUGAAUUGAGUAGCUUUCUUGUAGCAAUAGCAGAUCUAUCUCUAAGGAAAACAGCAGUUGAAGAGAAGAGGGCUAAAGUGCAGCAGGAAUCCAAAGCUCUUCUUGAUUAUACUCGAAAGGCAAUAUCAAGAUUGACUUAUUUAAAAAGAACAUUUGCACAGCUUGAAGAUGACAUUUCUCCCUGUGAAGCACAAAUGGAAAACUGGAAAACAAACCUGGCAAUUAUGGAGUCAAAAGAGAGACAAUAUUUUCAGCAGUAUUCUAAUUAUAAGGCAAUGCUCAACCGUGUUGGCUAUACCCCGGAGGUAAGUCAUGGAGUGCUAGUUGAAAUGGCAGAGCACAGAAAGGAUUUAGAGAACAAAACAAAACCCAUUCUUGAUACCUUGAGAAGCUACCAGGACCUGCCCCCUGACAAAGCAUUGGCGGCAUUGGCGAUAGAGGAGAAGAAAAGACAGUAUACUGAUGCAGAGAAGUACCUUGAUGAUAUCUUGCAGUCAGCUCUUGGUUCCUCUGAUUGAAAUUAAAUCAAGUUUCUUCAAAGCAUAAUGCCCGAGUUAGGCAUACUUAGAAGCAAAAGUUAAAGAUAGAUCAUUGUAAAGAAUUUUUCAAGUAAUUUUUUUUCAACACAUGCAAAGAGACCUGCCAAUUAACCCAAUUUUGCCGUUUCUACAUACAAAUAUAAAACAUUUUUUUUUCAAAUCUGAAAUUUGGAAUAGAUCGG